UGACACAAAGCGAAACUAUACCCACAAUCAUGAAGUGCAUUGCAGCUGUUCUCCUGGUGGCCCUUGCUGUGGCCGAAGCUUCCUACGUCCCGUACACUCAUCAGGGAUACGUCGUGGCCCCAGUGGUGACCUACGCCGCCCAUCACGGCGGACCAACCGUUGUCCAGUCCAACGACCCUCACAGCUGGGCCUACCCCGCGGCCGUGACCUACAACUCUGGACACUACUACGAUAACCAGCAUCAUGGACACUCCGCUGCCGUGAUCGCUGCCCCAGUCCAGCACUCGGCCACGUACAUCGCCGCCAGCCGUGGAGCUGUCCACGAGGCCCCACUUGCCGGGCAUGCCGUCAACCAGAAGUCCCUGAACUUGGCUCCGGCUCCAGGAACUCUGUAA